AUGAAGCUCAAGCGGCGGAGGUCUUUGGAAGUGCCUCCAAAAAUUAAAUCCUUCAUCAAUAAUGUGACUGCUACUGCUCUGGAGAAUAUAGAAGAGCCUCUUAAGGGCUUUGCUUGGGAGUUUGAUAAGGGCGAUUUUCAUCAUUGGGUUGACCUUUUUAACCAUUUCGAUUCAUUCUUCGAUAAGCACAUAAAACCAAGGAAAGAGUUGCAGCUUGAUGACAGCUUUCUGGAAUCUGAUAGCUAUUUCCCGCGAGAAGCCGUUCUUCAGAUCCUCCGCGUUAUCAGAAUAAUCUUAGAGAAUUGCACAAAUAAGCACUUUUAUAGUUCAUAUGAGCAGCAUCUUUCUGCCCUUCUUGCUUCAACAGAUGCAGAUGUGGUUGAGGCUUGUCUGCAGACUCUGGCUGCUUUCCUUAAGAAAACCAUUGGAAAGUACUCCAUUCGAGAUGCUUCCUUGAGUUCUAAGCUAUUCACUCUGGCACAGGGCUGGGGUGGAAAGGAGGAGGGUCUAGGUCUGAUUGCAUGUACUGUUGACAAUGGGUGUGAUCCUGUAGCAUAUGAGUUAGGCUGCACCCUCCAUUUUGAGUUCUAUGGACUGAGGGAGCCACCAAGUGAGUCUCAGCAGACAGAAGAAUCAACAGAAGGGUUACAAAUCAUUCAUUUACCUAACAUCAACACUCUCCCAGAUACAGAUUUAGAACUUUUGAACAAGUUAGUUGCAGAGUAUAAAGUGCCUCACCGUUUGAGAUUUUCUCUAUUGACGCGGUUACGGUUUGCGAGGGCUUUUGGAUCUUUGGCUUCUCGACAGCAAUACUCAUGCAUUCGUCUAUAUGCCUUCAUAGCUCUUGUUCAAGCAAGUAGUGAUGCUGCUGAUCUAGUUUCUUUUUUCAACUCCGAGCCAGAGUUUGUAAAUGAACUAGUUUCCUUGUUGAGCUAUGAAGAUGCAGUUCCUGAGAAAAUUCGGAUUCUUUCUCUUCUCGCUUUAGUUGCCCUUUCUCAGGAUCGCUCCCGGCAGCCUAGUGUCCUGGCUGCUGUCACAUCUGGUGGUCACCGUGGCAUUCUAUCCAGCCUCAUGCAGAAAUCUAUUGAUUCUGUUAUGAAUCGAACAUCAAAAUGGUCUGUUGUUUUUGCUGAGGCUUUAUUAUCUCUGGUCACUGUUUUGGUCUCAUCAUCCUCUGGGUGCUCAGCCAUGCGUGAGGCAGGUUUCAUCCCUACCCUUCUACCUCUCCUCAAGGACACAGAUCCUCAGCAUUUGCAUUUAGUUGGGACGGCUGUGCAUAUUUUAGAAGCUUUCAUGGAUUACAGUAAUCCAGCUGCUGCAUUGUUCAGAGAGUUGGGUGGUUUAGAUGAUACCAUUUCUCGGCUGAAGGUAGAAGUCUCUUAUAUAGAAAAUGGUCAGGGGCAACAUGGUGAAAAUUCUGAUUCCAGGGGAAAUAGUUUGCCAAUUGACGCUGCUGGUGCUUCAUCUGAUCUGGAGAGUAUGCAUCCCCUAUACUCUGAGGCAUUGGUUUCUUAUCACCGGCGUUUGCUUAUGAAAGUACUGUUACGUGCUAUAUCACUGGGAACAUACGCUCCAGGAAAUACUUCUCGUAUUUAUGGAUCUGAAGAGAGUUUGCUGCCACAAUGCUUGAGCAUCAUAUUUAGGAGAGCUAAGGAUUUUGGCGGCGGGGUGUUUUCACUUGCAGCAACGGUUAUGAGUGAUCUUAUUCAUAAGGAUCCUACCUGUUUCUCUGUCCUGGAUGCAGCUGGUCUUCCUUCUGCAUUUCUGGAUGCUAUCAUGGAUGGUGUUUUAUGCUCUGCUGAAGCCAUAAUAUGCAUACCUCAAUGCUUGGAUGCAUUGUGCCUGAACAAUAAUGGGCUUCAGGCAGUUAAAGACUGCAAUGCUUUGAGGUGCUUUGUCAAGAUUUUUACGUCCAGAACUUAUCUGCGUGCCCUUACUGGGGAGACUCCUGUGUCCUUGUCUAGUGGAUUAGACGAACUCAUGCGCCAUGCUUCUUCUUUGCGCGAACCUGGAGUGGACAUGUUAAUUGAGAUUUUGAGUUGCAUUGCACGAAUCGGUUCUGGGGUGGAUGGUUCUUCCUCAGCUGGCUCUUUUUUAGAUGCUUCUUUGUCAACAGCUGAUGUGCCGAGCUGCUCUGUUGUUGUUCCCAUGGAAACUGACUCCGAGGAGGUGAGUCCCGUUCUGGAUGAUGGCAAAGAAGCUACAAAUUCAGAGCAGCAGUCUGCUGAUCUUUCUUCUGAUGCUUCGGUAGUGAAUAUAGAGUCAUUCCUUUCUGAUUGUGUCGGGAAUGCAGCUCGUCUUCUUGAAACGAUUCUUCAAAAUGCUGAUACAUGUCGUAUUUUUGUAGAGAAGAAGGGGGUAGAUGCAGUCCUUAGUUUAUUUACCUUACCUUUGAUGCCUGUCUCUUCAUCUCUCGGUCAGAUUAUCUCCAUUGCUUUCAAGAACUUUUCACCUCAACAUUCUGCAUCUUUGGCCAGGGCAGUAUGCUCAUUUUUGAGAGAACAUGUGAAGUCAACUAAUGAACUCUUAGAUUCAGUUAGAGGAACUGAGCUUUCUGUAGUUGAUUCCGGGAAACAAACUAAGAUUUUGAAGCACUUCUCAAGCCUUGAGGGUAUAUUGUCUCUGUCAAAUUUUCUGUUGAAAGGUACUGCUAGUGUGGUCUCUGAACUGGGUACUGCAGAUGCUGAAGUCCUGAAGGAUCUUGGGAGGACAUACUGGGAAGUUAUUUGGCAAAUUUCUGCGCACAAUGAUUCCAAAGUGGAAGAGAAGAGGAUUGUAGAGCCUGAAUUGGACAGUGGAGAUGUGUCGUCAUCUAAUGUUGUUGGAAGAGAGAGUGAUGAUGAUGCUAACCCAGCUGUCAGAUAUAUGAACCCAGUUUCAAUCAGGAGCAGUUUUCAGCCCCUUUGGGGUGGAGAACGUGAGUUUCUAUCAGUUCUUCCUUCUGGUGAAGGCUUACAUCGUCGUAGUAGACAUGGUUUGACACGAAUACGGGGUGGGAGGAGUGGCCGCCACUUGGAUGCUUUAAAUUUGGACUCCGAGGUUUUGGCCAAUGUAACUGAGUCAUCUUCCCAGGAUGUUAAGAAGAAGAGCCCUGAUGUUCUUGUUGCAGAAAUUCUGAACAAGCUGGCUUCCACACUGCGCUCUUUCUUUACAGCCCUUGUCAAGGGAUUCACUUCCCCAAACCGUCGGAGAUCUGAUGUGGGUUCAUUAAGUGCAGCUUCUAAGACUCUUGGUUCUUCAUUGGCCACAAUGUUUCUCGAGGCUCUCAAUUUUUCAGGUUAUUCUACUGCUGUAUCAGUGAAGUGCAGAUAUCUUGGAAAGAUUGUGGAUGACAUGGCGGCACUCACAUGUGACACCAGGCGACGUACUUGUUAUACUAUUAUGAUAAAUAAUUUUUAUGUCCAUGGAACAUUUAAGGAGUUGCUCACGACAUUUGCGGCCACCAGUGAAUUGUUGUGGACAUCACCAUACCCUCACUCAACUUCAGGUCCUGAUGAAGAGAAGGUUACAGAGGGUAAUAAAUUGUCUCAAUGUGGGUGGCUCCUAGACACAUUGCAAAACUAUUGUCGGGUGCUGGAGUAUUUUGUAAACUCCACUUUGCUUUUAUCCCCAAGCUCUUCAUCCCAGGCUCAGUUACUUGUUCAACCAGGUGCAGUUGGCUUAUCUAUUGGGCUGUUUCCUGUUCCUAGGGACCCUGAAGCUUUUGUUCGGAUGCUGCAAUCGCAGGUUCUCGAUGUAAUACUUCCUGUUUGGAACCACCCCAUGUUUCCAAACUGUAGCCCUGCGUUCUCUGCUUCCAUCAUUUCACUGAUAACACAUAUAUACUCUGGUGUUGGUGACAUUAAAAGGAGUCACAGUGGAGUUGCCGGAAGUGCGAAUCGUAGGUUCAUACCUCCACCUCCUGAUGAAGCUACUAUAACAACAAUUGUUGAGAUGGGAUUCUCAAGGGCAAGAGCCGAGGAAGCGUUGAGGCGAGUGGAAGCAAAUAGUGUUGAAAUGGCUAUGGAGUGGUUGUUUAGUCAUGCUGAUGAUCCGGUGCAGGAGGAGGAUGAACUGGCUCGUGCACUUGCUUUAUCACUUGGGAGUUCAUCAGAGGGAUUGAAAAAUGAAAAUGUUGAUAAGUCUGUCGAUGCGCCGACAGAAGAAGGGUUAAUAAAGACGCCUCCUGUCGAUGAUAUCCUUGCUGCAUCUGUUAAGUUGUUCCAGAGUAAUGAUGCAAUGGUAUUCUCAGUUACAGAUUUGCUAGCGACUCUCUGCAAUAGGAACAAAGGAGAAGACCGUCCCAAGGUGGCAUCUUAUCUUUGUGAGCAGUUGAAGCUUUGUCCUUUGGAUUUUUCAAAAGAUUCCAGUGCAUUGCGUAUGAUAUCACAUAUCUUAGCAUUGCUCCUUCAUGAGGAUGGAACUAUCAGAAAAAUCUCAGCACAGAAUGGUCUUGUAUCUACCAUCAUUAAUAUCUUGACAGAUUUCAAGUCUAAAAGUUUGAGAGGGUGUGAAAUUCUUGCCCCAAAAAGCAUUGGUGCAUUGCUGCUUAUCUUGGAUUGCAUGCUGCAAUUAAAGCCUAGAAUCCCUUCUGGAACCAUUGAAGGUACCUUGACAGGACCUACGCCAGACAGCCCACUUUCUGAUAAAAAAAUGGAUUCAGAAGAUGCCUCUGAAAAAGAAUCCGCCACUGUAUUUGAGAAAAUAUUGGGAAAAUCUACUGGUUACCUAACCAUUGAAGAGAGUCAAAAAGUUCUGCUAAUUGCUUGUGACCUGAUGAAGCAGCAUGUUCCAGCUGUCAUCAUGCAGGCUGUACUGCAGUUAUGUGCACGCUUGACAAAAACUCAUACUCUGUCUCUGCAAUUUCUCGAAAAUGGAGGUUUAGCUGCUAUUUUCAGUCUUCCAAGAAGUUGUUUCUUUCCUGGAUAUGACACUGUUGCAUCUGCAAUCGUCCGUCAUCUUCUCGAAGAUCCUCAGACUUUACAAACAGCCAUGGAGUUGGAAAUCAGACAAGCUUUGAGUGGGAGCAGGCAUGCUGGUCGAAUUUCACCACGGACAUUUUUGACAUCAAUGGCUCCUGUUAUUUCUAGAGAUCCCGUGGUUUUCAUGAAAGCCGCAGCUGCAGUUUGUCUGGUGGAGUCUUCUGGCGGGCGGACCUUACUGGUUUUGUCAAAGGAAAAAGACAGGGAAAAAGAGAAAUCGAAAGCAUCAGGUGCUGAAGAACCUAUGCGGAUAUCUGAACCUAGGAUUCAUGAAAGUUCAAUUAAAUGUGUCAAGGGCCACAAAAAGAUUCCUUCCAAUCUAACUCAAGUUAUUGAUCAGCUUCUUGACAUAGUCUUGAAGUACCCAUUACCGAAAAACCAUUUUGAAGUUGGGGGUGAAUCAAUUUCAAUGGAAGUUGAUGAACCCACCAGCAAGGUGAAGGGAAAGACCAAGGUUGAAGAGACACGGAAGGUGGAAUCGGAAUCUGAAAGAUCUGCUGCACUGGCAAAGGUGACAUUUGUCCUCAAAUUGUUGAGUGAUAUUCUUCUUAUGUACUUGCAUGCAGUUGGGGUCAUUCUGAGAAGGGAUUCUGAAUUUUGUCAACUUCGGUCAUCCAACCAGCCGGAUAACCCUGACCAUGGUGGAAUAAUCCACCAUGUUUUGCAUCGGUUGCUUCCAGUGUCUACUGAUAAAUCGGCAGGACCUGAUGAGUGGAGAGGCAAGUUGUCAGAAAAAGCUUCAUGGUUCCUGGUAGUUCUUUGUGGCCGAUCUAGUGAGGGGCGACGGAGAGUGAUUAAUGAGCUUGUGAAAGCUAUGUCUUCCUUCUCAAACUUGGAAAGCAAUUCAAACAGAAGCCUUUUAUUACCUGACGAAGUAAUUUUUGCAUUUGCGGAUUUGGUUUAUUCUGUUUUGUCCAAGAACGCUUCCUCAAGCACCUUACCUGGGUCUGGAUGCUCUCCGGAUAUAGCAAAAAGCAUGAUAGAUGGUGGUAUUGUGCACUGUCUUACUGGCAUUCUUCAAGUGAUUGACCUUGAUCAUCCUGAUGCUCCCAAGGUUGUAAAUCUUCUACUUAAAUCUUUGGAAAGUCUAACAAGAGCUGCUAAUUCCAAUGAUCAAAUUCUUAAAGCUGAGGGUCUGAACAAGAAGAAAACUCUAAUUUCAAACGAAAGGCUGGAUGUUGAGACAACUAGGCCAGCUGCUGAGAUCGAAGGGUGUAAUCAGAAUACCAGCAAUGCCCAGGAUGUUCAAGGUGAGGAAGGGGCCGAAGAACAGCAACAGAACAAUCAAGGAACUUUAGAAAUCGAGGGUAAUGGUGAUGCACAUGUUGAUCAGUCUGGAGAGCAAGACAUGAGAAUCGAAGUGGAAGAGGCAACUAAUCGUUCUCUGGAGAUGGGGAUGGAUUUUAUGAAUGGCGCAAUGGAAGGAGAGGGAGUUUUGCGCAAUGGAGAUCAAAUAGAAAUGACUUUUCGUGUUGAGAAUAGGGCAAAUGAUGAUAUUGGCGAUGAGGACGAUGACAUGGCUGAUGAAGGUGAGGAUGAUGAAGAUGAUGAUGAUGGGGAGGAUGAGGAUGAAGACAUCGCUGAAGAUGGUGGUGGAAUGAUGUCUUUGGCUGACACAGAUGUGGAAGACCAUGAUGAGACUGGCUUAGGUGAUGAUUACAAUGAUGAGAUGAUUGAUGAAGAGGAUGAUGAUUUUCAUGAGAACCGUGUCAUAGAGGUGAGGUGGAGGGAAGCCCUUGAUGGCUUAGAUCGUCUGCAGGUGCUUGGUCAACCUGGUGGUGGUGGAAGUGGCCUGAUUGAUGUUGCAGCUGAACCUUUUGAUGGAGUGAAUGUGGAUGAUCUUUUUGGCCUCCGUAGGCCUUUAGGCUUCGAACGGCGGCGACAGAGUGGUAGGUCUUUUGAACGAUCAGUCUCAGAAGUCAAUGGAUUUCAGCAUCCUUUGCUCUUGAGACCAUCCCAGUCUGGAGAUCUUGUGUCUAUUUGGUCAUCAGGGGGGCAUUUGUCCAGAGAUUUAGAAGCUCUCUCAGCUGGUGGUUUUGAUGUCACUCACUUUUAUAUGUUUGAUGCACCAGUACUUCCAUAUGAUCAUGUACCCAGCAAUCUCUAUGGUGAUCGGCUGGGCAGUGCAGCUCCUCCACCUUUGACUGAUUAUUCUGUUGGAAUGGACUCUUCACACCUACAAGGCCGAAGAGGGCCAGGUGAUGGACGUUGGACUGAUGAUGGUCAGCCACAAGCAGGUGCCCAAGCUGCUGUAAUUGCACAAGCAGUGGAGGAACACUUCCUGUCCCAGUUGCACUGCGUUGCUCCAGCAGGUAGCUCUGCCGAAAGGGAGUCUCAGAAUCUUGAGAUGCAGGAGAAUCAGCCCUCUACAGACCCUCAGUCUAAUGAUGGCCAAGCAGUGAUGGAAGGUAACAAUCCCAGGAGUCCGCAAUCUGAACAUCAUCAACAAGAAACUUUAAAUGGAGCGACUGAUCAUCAGUCUGAUCAAGAAACAGUUGAAAGCAUUCAUGGCCAAGAGCAAGUCACUCAGCAUGCUUCUGUUGAAGAUGCAGAUGAGCCUCAACUGGUGCAGGAAGGUAUGUCGGAUCAAGCAUUUUCUCUGAGUAGUACACCUAAUCAAGAUGAGCAAAUGGAGACAGGUGAAGGUGAUAACAUUACAGGUAAUCAAGUAGGUGCAGCACCAGAGCUUGUCAACUCAUCAGCACAACAUUGUCCUUCUCUGCAACAUGAAGGUGGUCAAAACUCACCAUCUCAUCUUGAGAUUCCUGCUCCUGUUCCAAAUGUGGAUCAUGAUGGUGUGUCAAGGGAAGAUGGACAGUCUCAUGAUCAGGUUCCUUUGGGUCCUGUUUCUGGGAGACUAGACGUAGAUAAUACUGGGGCUGAUGUUGAUAUGAAUGGUGUUGAUGCUGGUGGAAAUCUAUCUGAGCAAUCUCUCCCUGUCCCAGAACAACCAACAUCAGCUGCUCCAGAUGCUAAUCAAACUGAUCAGAAUAGCGUAAAUAUUGAGGCUUCUGGUGCAAGUGCUAUUGAUCCGACCUUCUUGGAGGCACUACCAGAAGAUUUGCGGGCAGAAGUUCUUGCUUCCCAGCAAGCUCAAUCUGUGCCUCCUCCAGCUUAUGCUCCACCUUCAGUUGAUGAUAUUGAUCCCGAGUUCUUGGCUGCUCUUCCUCCAGAUAUUCAGGCGGAAGUUCUAGCACAACAAAGAGCACAGAGGAUUGCACAACAAGCUGAAGGGCAGCCGGUGGACAUGGAUAACGCUUCAAUAAUUGCUACAUUUCCCGCUGAUUUACGUGAAGAGGUACUUUUGACCUCUUCAGAAGCAGUAUUAUCGGCACUGCCUUCUCCAUUGCUUGCUGAAGCCCAAAUGCUAAGAGACAGGGCAAUGAGUCACUAUCAGGCCCGGAGUCUGUUUGGUAGCAGCCAUAGGCUUAGUGGUCGAAGAAAUGGCUUAGGAUUCGACAGGCAGACUGUGAUGGAUAGAGGUGUUGGAGUUUCUAUAGGCCGGAGAGCAACAUCUACUGUUGCAGAUGGCAUGAGAGUUAAGGAAAUUGAGGGCGAGCCUUUGCUGGAUGCAAAUGCACUGAGGGCUUUGAUCCGCCUCUUAAGAUUGGCACAGCCCCUGGGGAAAGGACUUCUACAGAGGCUUCUGUUAAACCUUUGUGCACAUAGUUCUACAAGGGCAACUCUAGUUCGCCUUUUGGUUGACAUGAUUAAACCUGAAGCAGAUGGAUCACUCAGUGGAUUAGCAAUGCUUAACUCCCAGAGGCUUUAUGGCUGCCAGUCAAAUGUGGUUUAUGGCCGAUCACAGUUGUUGGAUGGUUUACCUCCCUUGGUGUCGUGUCGCAUUCUUGAGAUUUUGACAUAUUUGGCAACAAACCAUUCAUCAAUUGCCAAUAUGUUAUUUCACUUGGACCCCUCUCUCUUGCCGGAGGAAUCUGUUACAAAUGUUCUGCUCUCUAAGCUGGACAAAGGUAAAGGGAAACUUGAGGAUGGCGGUGCUUUGUGCAAUCCUUGUGGAGAUACAGAUGAUGUUCCGUUGGUUCUGUUCUUGAAGCUUUUAGAUCGACCUCUGUUUUUCCGCAGCACUGCACACCUUGAGCAGGUUAUGGGCUUACUUCAAGUGGUAGUUUACACAGCAGCAUCAAAUAUGGAAUCCCGCAAGCUAAUAAGUGGGGAAGUAGAUGAUCAGGCGGAACCAGAGUCUACUCAGGGAGAUGAAGCUGUAGUUGCUGAGUUAUCAACUUCCAACAGAAAGAAGAGCACUGAUGCACUCGGUAUUCUCAUGCGGUUGCCGAGAUCUGAUUUGCGGAAUAUGAGUAGCCUUCUUGGUCACGAGGGGCUGUCAGAUAAGGUGUACAUGCUUUCUGGAGAAGUACUGAAGAAGUUGGCAUCAGUUGCUUCCCCUCUUCGCAAGUUCUUUACCUCGGAGCUUUCAGAUUUAGCACAUGGUCUGAGUAGUUCAGCUGUCAGUGAACUUGUUACGCUGAGGAAGACUCAAAUGCUAGGUCUUAGUUCUGGGUCUAUGGCUGGAGCAGCAAUAUUGCGUGUCCUCCAGGUUCUUAGUUCACUCACCUCGCCUAGUGGUCCGGCAGCUGUGAAUGUAGGCGGAGAGCAGGAGGAGCAUGCAUCGAUGUUGAACUUAAACAUUGCACUUGAGCCAUUAUGGCACGAAUUGAGUGAAUGUAUCAGUGUGACAGAAAUGCACCUAGGUCAGGCCACAUUGAACAAGACUCUUUCUAGCAGUGCCACUUUUGGGGAUCAUGUACAGGGGAGCGUCUCCUCAUCGUCUCCUCUUCCUCCUGGAACCCAAAGACUCCUGCCUUUCAUAGAAGCAUUCUUUGUUUUGUGUGAGAAGAUUCAAGUAGCAAAUACUUCUUCCGUGCAGCAAGAUCAUCAUGCUACUGACACAACAACAGCUGGUGAAGUCAAAGAGUCGGGGGCGGGGGAUACACAUAAAAAGCUCGAUGGUUCAGUGACAUUUGCUCGGUUUGCUGAGAAGCAUCGUCGACUUCUGAAUGCAUUUAUUAGACAGAGCCCUGCAUUGCUGGAGAAGUCACUUUCUAUGAUGCUGAAGGCACCAAGAUUAAUAGACUUUGACAACAAAAAAUCAUAUUUUCGAUCAAGGAUAAGGCAACAGCAUGAGCAACACCUGUCUGGUCCACUGCGGGUCAGUGUACGAAGGGCAUAUGUGUUGGAGGAUUCCUACAAUCAGCUGAGGAUGCGGCCUACUCAGGAUCUCAGGGGACGACUGAAUGUGCAGUUCCAAGGGGAAGAGGGCAUUGAUGCUGGUGGCCUGACUAGGGAAUGGUAUCAAAUAUUGUCAAGGGUUAUUUUUGAUAAGGGAGCAUUGCUUUUCACUACUGUGGGAAACAACGCCACUUUCCAGCCAAAUCCAAAUUCUGUCUAUCAAACUGAGCAUCUUUCCUAUUUCAGAUUCGUGGGCCGUGUGGUUGCAAAGGCAUUGUUUGAUGGCCAGCUCUUGGAUGUUUAUUUCACCCGGUCUUUCUAUAAGCACAUUCUAGGUGUAAAGGUGACUUACCAUGACAUAGAGGCUGUGGAUCCUGAUUACUACAAGAAUUUAAAGUGGAUGCUAGAGAAUGACGUGAGUGAUAUACCGGACCUGACAUUCAGCAUGGAUCCUGAUGAGGAGAAACACAUCCUUUAUGAGAAAAACGAGGUUACUGAUUACGAGCUUAAACCUGGAGGGAGGAAUAUAAGAGUUACAGAAGAGACGAAGCACGAGUAUGUGGACCUUGUUGCGGACCAUAUAUUGACAAAUGCCAUCCGGCCUCAGAUAAACUCCUUCCUAGAUGGGUUCAAUGAAUUGAUUCCUCGGGAUUUGAUUUCAAUUUUUAAUGACAAGGAGCUGGAGCUACUGAUCAGUGGACUUCCUGAAAUUGACUUGGAAGAUCUGAAGGCCAAUACAGAGUAUACUGGAUAUAGUGGUGGUUCCAGUGUUGUUCAGUGGUUCUGGGAGGUAGUUCAAGGGUUCAACAAAGAAGACAUGGCUAGACUAUUACAAUUUGUCACAGGAACAUCAAAGGUUCCACUGGAAGGUUUCAAGGCAUUGCAGGGCAUCUCUGGUCCUCAAAGGUUCCAGAUACACAAAGCAUAUGGAGCUCCUGAACGCUUGCCUUCAGCUCACACGUGCUUCAACCAACUAGAUGUUCCAGAGUAUACCUCAAAAGAACAGCUCCAAGAACGUAUGCUGCUCGCUAUUCAUGAGGGCAGUGAAGGUUUUGGCUUUGGUUAG